AGUAAAAGGUUGGCGUAUCAAUAUCGUGUUGCUUUGUGGCGCAGUUUAGAAGCUGGUAACGCAUUCAUAGAGCUCUCAUCGCAAUUUUUUCUGUUUCCCCGCAAAACGACUACUUUCCUUGCAAUGAAUCCACAACACCAUCCUCAAUCUAACCGGACCUUCCGGUUCCACCCCUCGCUUCUCUCCGGAUCGAACCCACGUCGCCACGUGUCCCGUUGACCGUUACUCCUACCGCUGGUGCCCAAGGUCGCCUCGCCAUCGCCGUCGACUUGAGCGACGAGAGCGCUUACGCCGUCCGACGGUCUGUUCAGAACUACCUUCGUCCCGGAGACGCCGUGAUACUCCUCCACGUGCGCCCGACGUCCGUCCUUUACGGAGCCGACUGGGGGUCCGUCCAAGUCCAAACCAUCCCUAACUCCACAACUAAUCACGAAAAUGCCACCGCCGACGAAGAGUCGCAGCAGAAGCUCGAGAACGAGUUCGACCUUUUCACGACGACGAAAGCGAACAUGCUGGCGCAGCCGUUAGUGGAUGCUCAGAUUCCGUUUAAGAUUCACAUAGUGAAAGACCAUGACCUGAAAGAGAGAUUGUGUUUCGAAGUGGAGAGGUUAGGGCUGAGUGCGGUGAUCAUGGGCAGCAGAGGGUUUGGAGCCGCUAGGAGGACCAGCAAAGGAAGGCUUGGAAGUGUUAGUGAUUAUUGCGUCCACCACUGUAUUUGUCCGGUGGUGGUGGUCCGGUACCCCGGUGAUCAGGAGAGCGGAAAAAAGAAGAUUGCCGGAGAAGAUGCAGAGCUGCAGCCGGUACCGGAAGAGGAACUUGAGUAUUAUGAUGCGGAGGAGGAGCACGGAGGUUUGAGUUGAUUUUAUAUUUAAUUUUAUGGUAAUGAACAGCUUUAAUUGGGUCUUAUAAUUUAUAAAGCUUUCUACAGUAAUUUCUGGACUUUAUUUUUA